AAAUAUCCGGGUUUAAUUGUACGGUCAUAUUUGUACGGGACAACAAGCAGCAGCGGCGAUGGCUACAAGUGAUGGACGCGAUUAUUUUCAGAGAACACGUCUCUUCUGGAUGGUCACCCUGUCAGUGGCGCUGAUAUAUUUCGCUUGCACAGUGUUUGCACCAGAUGUAGUCCCAUUUGAGCUCCUUGGUCCAUUUGGUACCUUCUCCAAAAACCUUGCAUAUAACCAUCCUGAUCUACUGUACAAAGGAUGGUGGUUGACCUGUGCUAUUCAUCUUUCUGAGGCCCUGGUUGCACUGAAGUUGUGCAGUAACAAAGGCAUCAAGGACAUGUCCACUCGGUGCCUUUGGUUUAUCCAGACCUUUCUGUUCGGCUUCGCCUCCCUCCACCUGCUAAUUAAGUACGACCCAGAGCGUUCCAAGCAGGACUGACCUUACCAGGAGAAGCCUACAGAACAACACAUCUGAGUCUAGAGAGCCCUUCUUGGGGCCUCAACUUCUUCCACUGUUCACUUUGAUUAUAAGAUCCUGCUGGAGAGCAUGAAAUGGAGCAAUACUCUUGAGCCUUUUCUUUAAUAGUGUUUCUUUUAAUAGAAUUCCAAAGACAUAUCUUUGAUAGAAAUGCUAGAAAUUUUCUUACAUAGUUUACAGGAAUUAAAGAUAUUUUGUAAUAGAGAUCACUGUUUCAUUCCAUAUUUUCUAGAUUUAAGGAGAACGGUG